AGAAUUUUCUAUCACGCGUUAGCUGAUGCGCUUUGCCACAGUUCUACAUAACCGGCGCGCACAUCAUCUCAACGUACUCGGGCAUGCCCUACACGGAAUUCGUCAAAGAGCGUAUUUGGAAACGCCUCUACAUGACCUCCUCAACGUUUAGCCCGAAUGAGGCUGCGCUUUCAGGCAAGCUCACGCAGACUUGGAUGGCCAGCGGGCGGCGCAUUCCGUUUUGGUUCUCUGAAGAAGCCGUAGAACUCAAUGCCGGGCCGGGCGGGAUUAUCACCAAUGUGGUAGACAUGACAAGGUGGUUACGGACGCUGCUGAAUGCAGGGGUAGACCCUGUCACGAAUGAAACCAUCAUUCCCCGUGAGACGUACGACACUAUCACAAGGGCCCAGUCGAUUGUCUCUACGAGACCUGGUCCAAGUUGGUUCUCUUACGAAAGCUAUGGGAUGGGCUGGGCUGCCAAGUCGUAUCAAGGUCACAAUCUUUGGACACACUCAGGAGGGAUUCCGGGAUUCUCUUCUGAGGUGUUCUUUUUACCAAAUAGCGGGCUCGGCAUCGUUGCUCUGGCGAAUGGCGAUAGCCAACAUCCACAGGAGCUUGCCAUAGUGUACCGCAUUGUCGAGGAUUUCCUUGGCCUGGACAGAAAGGAGUCAGAGAGGACAGUCGCCGCAAUUGCCGCAAACAAAGCUCGAAGCGAGGAUGGCUCCGCCCGGGUCGCCAACGAUGUCGAACGUCCGCCGCCUCUGUCUCUCCCGCUGGAGGAAUACGUCGGCAAAUACCACGACCCCGGCUACGGUAAUAUAACGCUCUGUGCCCCUACUCCGCACCCCUCCGACGAGUGUACGGAUGUGCUCGAGUCUUGGUCGUUCUUCGAGAACACUACCGACACCACGCAACAGGUGCUCUACGCGGCGAUCCCUUCCCAGUGGAUCUCACACCUCCGUCUGGCGCACAAGGAUCGCGACACGUUCGGCGUGUCCGGGGCGUAUCUAUUCACACACGGCUACGGCAAGGACAAGAGCCCCCUCACGACUGAUGAAACGGGCGAAGAACCGGUCGCGUCUGCAGAGUUUUGGAUCAUACAUGCAGAAGGGAGCUCGCUAGUUCGGGGUGUGGCUUUGAAUGGGUUCGUUGGGGAGAUGACGGAACGGCAGAGGAUCGGAGGCACGGUUGAGGAGACGGCCGAGAUUUGGCUCAGCAAGGUGUAGCCCACGUCUGGGCUGACGGUUCAAACCUGGUAACAUAUAGUGACGACGUCUGCAACAUUCUCAAGACAGAUAGCGGUAUGUACCUCGACAUGACUAAAUGCAUGGAAAAUGAGCAAAUAGACGCACAAUAACACCUGUGACGGCCAUGAUGUUGCCAGCCUGCCGAGCUAUGACCCCUCAUGUACAUGCCUCAGGCCCCAAGCUUAAUGCACCAAGCACAGCGGGACGCGCCUUGUGUGUCUGUCUUCGUUUGUCGCACGCUACACAUUCGGAUAAAGCUCAUGAGUGCAAGUACUAAGCACUAAGUAAUGAUCAAUCGCGAAGUGCGGCUGAGCGCGCUCGUGCAGCCAUCAAGUAGCAACCGUCGCCUAAGCUUGUCCUCGACCACGACGACCUACGGGGCCUCUACUUUGGCAUAAUUCUAGUUCGUUCGCUGUACUAUCUACACUCUUUUCUUCUUGACUGGACUUCUCACCGCUGGCCGGGACAUUCUCUUGGGUCGGGAGCGCAGUCGCGCAGCCGUUCCUUGCUUGGCUCUCCUCUGGUCGCUCUGCCACCUGCACCGCUUUUAAAUAGGUCUGAAAUACCCGUACGUCCUUGACCGGAACCAUCCACCAUGUUUACACCAUUUCGGACGCUCUGGUUGCUCUCGCUGUUUGCUAUUGCUUUGGAAUAUGCAUCUGGUGAGUGCUUCAGUCUCGCGAGCUCAUGUGGCCCAUCCAGUUCACCUCCUCGGCCCCUUAAACGCAUCACACACCCUACGACUCAUGCACUUGAAAUCCUCCCACGCCGGCCCUCUCCUUCCGGAUUCUACGCCAAGCGUUCUCUCCUGAUAUCGUCGUCCGUGCUGGAACAUACAGACACGUUCCGUCUGACGAUCAGUGCGUUUGACCAGACGUUUUACCUCCAUCUCCGUCCCAACGAACACCUUGUCCAUCCCGCUGCGCGCAUCACCUAUCAUACCACGACCUCCGACGGCCGCAGAGUGACGCACACGGAACCGCUCCUGCGGCAGAACGUCAAGGCUUACUGGGGUGAGGUGGUCAAUCCUGACGUCUCUCAGGCGCGCCUCCGCGAAGAUGCAGCCGGUGUGCACCCGCGACCGUCAGGCAGGAAGGACGAGCUAGGCUGGGCGCGGAUCACAGUCUACGAUCAGGGAGACAUCGACGCGGGCAGAUCACCGAGCUUCGAGGGCGCGUUCUCAGUCAACGGCGACGUGCACCAUGUGCUCACGACCGCGAAUUAUGUCCGCAAUAAGCAUGCUUUAGACCCACACGUUCUUCUUGAGGCGCACCCCGAUGCUGGACUGGUCGUCUUCCGCGAUUCAGACGUCAUGAGAGUAGAAGAGUAUGUUGGUGGGGCAGCCACACCUGGGAGAACGUGCGCGCACGAUCGGAUGGACUGGAACGUGAACCCGCUUGCAAACCCUAUCCUGCGCAAACCUCCUCUGGCAUCGCCAUGGUAUGACCCGCUGGGCAUCCUCUAUCCUCAAACCCGUGGCAACCACAGCCUUGCCAGACGCGAUGAUGUAGCAGGGGGUAACAUGGGGAGCAACUUUGAGGGCAAUAUUGGACAGACUGCGGGAUGUCCCACAACACAGAAGGUCAUCUACAUGGGUGCCGCGGCCGACUGUGAAUAUACAAGUACGUACGGUUCGACGCAGAACGCUACGCAGCAAAUAAUUACGAACUUCAACACGGCGAGUGCCCUGUACAAGUCAACCUUCAACGUGUCGCUUGGCCUCGUUGAGCUCCAAGUUCAGGACCCAACCUGUCCUGCCACAACGGACCCAUCUAAUCCUUGGAACAUACCCUGCUCAGGCAAUGCAACUCUUAACGACAGGCUUUCCCUAUUCUCAGCCUGGCGAGGCCAGAAAGGCAACGAUAGUGCAGGUCUAUGGCAUCUCAUGAGCGGAUGUCCCACCGGCACCGAAGUUGGAAUUGCCUGGCUUGGAACCCUAUGCCAACAAAGUGCAUCGGGCGACCCAGGGUCGGUUGUCUCGGGCACUGCUGUCACAACUGCUGGCAAAAUUGAAUGGCAAGUUCUUGCGCACGAGAUUGGGCAUAAUUUCGGAGCCAUCCAUGAUUGUACAGACGGCUGUGGGACUAGCGGAUCUCCAGUCUGCUGCCCGCUCUCGGCGGACAGCUGCAAUGCUAACUCGCAGUUCAUCAUGAACCCAGUAGCUGAUACAGGCGAGAUGAAGUUCUCUCCGUGUAGCCUUGGCAACAUUUACACCUCUGAUGCCACACGAACCAUCUCACUUGGCAUGUGCGGUAACGGGAUUGUCGAGCAGGGCGAACAGUGCGAUCCGGGCCUAGGCGUGAACUCGACCUGCUGCGACUCGUCGACGUGCAAAUUCACAGCCAACGCCCAGUGCGACCCGGCGAGCAGUGCGUGUUGCACCGACACGUGCACGUUCGCGCCGUCGACGCAGGUCUGUCGGCCCGCAAAGGACCCGAAUUGUGACCAGCCCGAGAUGUGUACUGGAAAUUCGUCGACGUGCCCCGCAGACAACUUCUCGCCGAACGGGCAGAGCUGCGGCUCCGGCGGGCUUGCGUGCGCCAGCGGCACUAUCGGCGCAUCGAUGAACCUGCAGAAGGCUUGUCCCAGUCAAGAUGAUAAGAGCUGUCAGGUUACAUGUCAGGAUCCGAGCACAUCCAACCAAUGCGUCGUCCUACAAUCGCAGCUUAUCGACGGAUCGCCUUGUGGGUACGGAGGGACGUGUACGCAAGGCACCUGUAAGGCUGGAAGCGCACUCGAUACAGCGAAGGCCUGGUACAGGGACAACUUGCAGAUCGCCAUUCCGGUCACUGUUGUGGGCGGCCUACUGAUUUUGCUCAUUAUCUGGUUCAUUUGCUCCCGUGUCUACCGCUGUACUCGUCGACGUCCACGAGGCUCUUCAUUUGAACCCGGUCUUCGCGGCAAGCCAGGGCAGCGUUUAGACAGCUCGAUGGGGAGCUACGCUGUGCCUGUCAUGACGCAAGCUCCAGGAAACGGAGCAUACAUUUCCCCACAAUAUCCUUCAACAACUCACACCCGUGGCCGCUCAGAUGGCUGGGCUGUACCACCGACACCAUCCGCUCCGCAACAUAAGCCGACGCGAAGCGCAGGCUCAAACGACUAUCUCUCUCGCUACUCAUCGUGAUCAAUAUGGAUUCUCGGGACGCUUUGGUAUAUUGUAAACGCUGUAACCGGCCGUUACGCUACUUGUCGCUAUUCGCAUUCGUUGUGGUUAGGUUUCUCGUUGAGUAAAUUGCAGGAUGCGAGCGUUUUUGCGGAGGUGCACGGGUGUUCUGACUGCUGUUCCAGCUCUAAACGAGUGCGCAAACGAACAAGCUGGGGCCCGAUACAUUUUGAGCGAUGAUAUAUUCGACAGCAGGAACGGUAG